AUGGGCGAUCGGUCGUUCUACGGCAGCGUCCCGCAGCUGCCGCAGCUCAAGAGCGCCCCGUCGAGCGCGGGCAUGAGCGGCGUGAGCGUCCACUUUGAGGACCAUGGCGACGUCUGGCAGUUUGUGCUGCCGUCGCUGGACGAGCGCCUUCCGCUGCGCAACAUUGCAUGGAAGAACCACCUUCAAGUGAACAAGACGAUCGACCGCCUGUAUAUCCACUUCCACCAAGUGCACACGCAGGCGCAGCUGCUCAAGCAGCCAAGUGCGAUGCCGACCGGUGUGCCCCCAACCGGCCUCGUCUUCCUCUUUGUCGUCAAGUGCGAGGACCUCGCGACGUACAAGACCAAGAUCAAACCCGCCUUGAGCGCGUGGGUCGAUCGCAUGAACCUCCUCAAGAACGAGUGGCUCGUCUUGUACGUGCCGCUCGGGACGCAAGCCACGUCGUCGACAACGGCCGCCACGACUGUCGCGUCCCGUGGCCUCAGCGCAUUUGGCACCUCGUUCCGGGACUCGUCCAAGGUCUACCGCAGGAUUUUUGAGAAGCUCCGCGCCGACUUUGGCGACAAGAACGACCGGCUCGAUCGGCUCUGCAAGAUCGAGGUGCUCGAAGGCAACACCGUCGUCGGUGCCGCACCCGGCCAGCAGCCGCAGCACGAAGCGCAGUGGUCCGAGCUCCUCCUCAAACUCAAAACAUGCAUCAUGGAGGCGUUUGAGACGCGCUGUUGCGAGUACGAAGAAGAGCUGCGCCUCCUCGACGCCAAGCGAUCGCUCUCGGGCUGGGAUUUCAGUUCGUUCUUUCAAGUCAAGGAGAGUCUCGCCUUGCUGUACAGCCAGACAUCGCUGUACGAUGACGCGCUGCGCCACUACGACGAGCUCGAGGCCAUCUUUAUGACGCUCGACCACACCGCGCUGAACGACCUCCCGGUGCUGGAAGCCUCGGACGCCAUCUUCUCGUCGUCGCCCUUUGAGAUUGACCUCGUCGUCGUGCGCAUGUCGAUAGCAGUCAACGCCGCGUCGCCGCUGCACGUGCGCUUGUAUCUCUUUUGCCGCCAAGUCGCCAUUCUGUACCAGCGCCACGAUUACGUGGCCGUGUGUGCCCGCAGCUUGCUCUUUCUCCCGCAGUUUCUGCUGCUGUUGCAACUCACAAAAUCGUUGCCUCCGACACUGCCGCUGCAAUGGGCCAUUGGCGCCGCGGUCGCCCUCGCCGUCUCGUGCGAAAGUGAGUUUGAGCAGUACCAGGUCUCGCGGCCCAAAGCCGACCAAGCCCAGAUGACGCUCAUCGCUGCGCCGCUCGGGGAACUGCUCUACUUUGCGCGUCGUGCGUGCAAGCGGCUGCCGCCGACGUCGCCGACCCCGGGCCGCCAUUGGUACACGCUGUGCCUGCAACCCGAGGCGCUGCACCAAGUGACAUACUGGGCCUCGGUGCACUAUGCGACGGCGGGACGCCUCCGCUUUGCAGCGUUUCUCAGCGCCGAGUGUGCGCGCUACGACGUGGCCAGCGCCACGUCGAUCGAUCGCGCCGCGAGUUUGUACCUCAAGCACGUCCACCAGCUGCAACUGGACCAAUGGGGCGACGCGCUGGAGGCGUCGAUAGCGGCGAUCGUCGACGUGUACAGAAGCAACAAGGACGCUGCGGCGGCCGCCACCAUGUGUCUGCACUGGCUACAGCUCGAGCCGUCGAUCGAUCGGCUGCGCAAAGAGAGCGACAAGGGUCUUCAUACGCUCUGGCUCGAUACGCUGGCGCCCGUCACAACCGUGCCAUUGCACGAUCUGCUGCACGUGCUCCCGACGGCGUCGAUCGCACUGCCAACCAUGGUGCUGCGGAUUCGGAAUCGUCUGCUUCGGCCGCUGCCCCUCGAGAAGAUUGCAGUGGUGUUUCGUUUGGCGAACAAGGAGCCGACGGCGGACGAAGCUACACACUUGAGUUUUGUGCUACCCAGCGAGACGUUUGUCCUUGCCGGCAACGCGGUGACAAGUGUGACGCUGCACUCUGACGGAUCGCCACUGACGCCAGGCCCGUACGUUGCGUCGCUCAUGACCUGCAGCAUGGCCAAUCAGCUUCUGAGCCUCGAUCUGGACACGCCGCUCAUCUUUGACGUGUUGCCACUGUAUGCGAGCUCCUUGGUGCUCAGCGCCGAGGCGGCGCCGCUGCUCACGCCUCAAAUGACCGUCGGCUGGACCCUUCGCGUCGAGUUGAACGACGACGUCUUGGAGUCUGGUAGCCUUGCACUGUUCGUCCAGUCGACCGAGAAGGACCCGACGACGAUACCGCUCGACGGGCAUGUGCUUCGGUACGAUGGCGACGACGCAGCGAUACCUGUAGAAGGCCAACGCGCGGCAACAGGGAAGCUGACGUUGGCGCUGCCUCGCUCGACGCGUAGCUUUGCCAUUGCUAUUGCCGUGUGUCUGUCGCCUCAAGACUCGCAGGCGACGCUCUGCGCAGAGCUCUCGUACACGUACGCCCAUCACAGUGACAGCACCCUCGUCUACAUGUCUUCAACUGCCAUCGACCACGCAUUCGCCGUGCGGCAUGCGAUGCAGCUGCGCGCCGAGAUGGCGUGUGUGCCUCGGUCCCAUCAGCUCUUCCUCCACGUGCCGCUCGUCUGCAACGACGUCGCUCCGAUCGAGGUCGACCCUUCCGCCUCUGCGCUCAUCGUGUCGACUGACGGCGGCAAUGAACUCAAUGUGUUGAGCGAAUCGCUGCCGUGGAUCGAGGUCGCUUUCAACCCACUGCGGCAGAUGGAGCGUCAUUUGCGCCUGCGCCCCGGAUCACCCUUUAGCCUCAGCUUCGUCUUGCGCGUCGAGUGGGCCCGCAUCCCGCCGCACACGUCAGCGGCGGUUCGCGUGGCCUAUGUCCUCCAUGGUCAGUCGUCGAGUCUGGACUUCCCUGUCGAUCUCGUGGGUGCGGCGGCGGUCCAUCGUCCGUCGCAGCCGCGCGCGACGGUCCGCGUCUCCUGCUUGAACGAACGUGAGUGGCUCGUGCAGGGCAAGGUCGUCGAGUUCCAAGUUGACGUGCCAUCAAGCGACGAGACGCGCUUUGUGCGACUGGCCAGUAAUGCGUGGGCUUGCGCCGGCAAGGCGUCGCAGCUCAUUACUCCGGAGACGACGACGACGCUGCGGUUCAAGCUGCUGCCUCUGCGCGUCGGGAGCGUCCUAGCACCCACGUUUGAGCUCGUGCGCGCCGAUGGGUCGCUCGUAGACAUCGACGAAGCUGCGCUGCCGCCGUACCUCGUGCUCGGUACCGGCGCGUCGUCGUAG